GCAUAUGCGCUUGUAACCUCAGGAUCCAGCACAAUCAUUGCACUGCACCAUGUGGAACCUCCGCAAGGCUGUCGUCGGGGUCGUUGGACUACUCUCAGUGAGCUCCUACGCCUCGCCCAUUACCCAUGCCAGACGGGACCUGAAGUUCGACUACAACGGCCAGAAAGUUCGCGGUGUGAACCUAGGCGGCUGGUUUGUGCUUGAGCCGUGGAUAACUCCCAGCAUGUUCGAGGGAACCGCUGCCGUGGACGAGUACACUCUCACCCAGAUCCUGGGCAAGGACGCCGCCUAUAGCAAGCUGUCACAGCACUGGAACUCGUUCAUCACUCAGGACGACUUCAGGCAGAUCGCUGCUGCCGGUCUCAAUCACGUGAGAAUCCCAAUCGGCUACUGGAGCGUCAUCCCCAUCGAUGGCGAGCCGUUCGUUCAAGGCGCGUAUGACAAGUUUGGUCAGGCGUUGGACUGGGCUCAAGAAGCCGGUCUAAAAGUCAUGAUUGACCUGCACGGUGCUCCUGGUUCUCAGAACGGAUUCGACAAUUCGGGCCGCUACGGUCAGAUCCUGUGGACCCAAGGAGACUCGGUUCCACAUACGAUCAAGGUCCUGAACAGGAUCCGGGACGACUUUGCCUCACACCCCGCUGUUUCGGCCAUCCAGCUGCUGAACGAGCCUCUGGGUCCGAAUCUGAACAUGGACACGGUCCGCCAGUUCUACAUGGACGGCUGGGGCAACCUCAAAGACUCCAACGUCGCCGUCGUCUUCCACGAUGCGUUCCAGGGCGUAACCUCGUGGAACGACUGGGGCGCAGGCAUGUGGAACCUGAUGCUCGACACGCACCACUACGAGAUCUUCGACAACGGGCAGGUUGCCAUGAGCCCUGCGGAGCACAUCAAGGCAGCGUGCAACUUUGGCAACCAGAUGGCCAGCAACAACAAAUGGACCAUCUCGGGCGAGUGGACGGGUGCCAUGACCGACUGCGCGAAAUGGCUCAACGGCAAAGACAAGGGCGCAAGAUAUGACGGCACGUUCAACGGCGCGCCUAAGGUCGGCGAUUGCACUGGCAAGUACUCUGGGACCGUUGCGGCGUUGUCGGACGAGGACAAGAACAAUAUCGGACGGUUCAUUGAGGCACAGCUCGACGCCUAUGAGAAGGCAUCCGGCUGGAUCUUUUGGACGUGGAAGAACGAAGGUGCGCCGGAAUGGCACAUGCAGGAGUUGCUUGCCAACGGACUGUUCCCGCAACCGUUGAGGCUCUGCAGAUCCUGGGCAGUGCGGCUAGGCGUGACAUAGAAUGAUGAGCUUCACCCGUAAAUCUAUCAUCACGACCUCAGAUUGUGCUCUGUAUCCGCGUAACGAAUCACGAAUCUCCUUCAAGGAUACCCAUUGCAUUCGCUAGACGAAGGUUUUGUCGGACAGUCGUUUGACUGCAGCCAGGCGCCCCAUCAUUUGUUCCACCCGUCAAACAGAUCCGUCGAAUGGAUAUGAAACCAGGGCUGGGAGAAUCGGUUGGUAGCGAAGAUGAGGGACGCCAUGUGCAUGUAUUGGAUAUGACCACCUAUAUUUCACAUCAAUAAGAUAGAAUUGGCAUCCC